AUGGUCAUGUUCAACGUUACCCUCAAGCCAAACGCCUCCGCUGAGGAGCUCGAAAAGGCCAAGGAAGAAGCAAAGAAGACCGGGGGCACCAUCCGCCACGAGUAUAAGCUGAUCAAGGGCUUCACGCUUGAGUACCCGGAUGACCACGUCCACUUCCUUCAGAGCAGUCAGUACGUCAACGUCGAACAGGAUGGCCCGGCAAAGACGCAGACCAAGACCACCUAG